GUAAGGUUAGAGGAAUCGCCAAACUGAGCUAGGUUAGGUUUGAAUAUUUUUAUUUUUUCGAUCCUUGUAUCCACUCUAUUCAAGGAUGUUUUUCGAUUAUAUGGGUACAUAAAAGAAAGCCAAUAAAUUGUGAAUAAUAUGAAUCGGCUCAAUUACACAAGGUCGCAAAAAUUUUAUGUUUUUCAGUCUUAAUCCAAUCUACCUUUCAUUUGGUUCAAACUAGGUCUUGCGAAUAAGUGGAACAUGAAACGGUUCUCUUAAACUAAGUUAGCGGAACGUAAAGAGCUCAAAACCAAAGCAAUAUGGAUCUUCUAAAUUACAACUUCAAUUUGAGUUCGGUACAUAUAAUAGAAUUUUAUUUUCUGGUGAUAUCAACAGCUGUGAUUUUUCUUGGAGUUCUCAUAAAUUUAUUCGAAAACUAUCUGCCUGCAUUUAUCUUGAAGACGUUUAGAUGUGGGAAGCAUGCUUAUAAAGGAGUUACAAAUUUUCCAACCAUUGAAUUUCCCAAAUCAUCCUUCAAGCAAUUUUAUCAAGUAGGACUUGUAGCUGCAAUUUUAACAUAUCCAUUAGUAGUUGCAACUUAUAUUUUUCAUUUGAAAGUGCCUUCUUUUUUUUCCAUAUUAUUAUUUCAUUGUAGUGGUGCUCAACAACAUGUCGCUCGUGUAUCGGCAACUAAUAUAUUUGUAGCAAUGACUUUGAUUACUUUACAAAUAGCACGAAGGUUUUAUGAUACUCACUUCAUUUCUAUUUUUGGUAGAAAUAGUAAAAUAAAUUUGACUCAUUGGAUUGUGGGAAUAACUUAUUAUCCUAUGGUCAUCCUGGCUAUAUUAUGUGAAGCUCCUAAUUUCACAACUGAUGAAUCAGAAAGAGCUGAUUUAUUUAAUUUAGGCAUUCUUGAAAUAUGUGGAGUACUAUUGUUUUUCUGGUCCUGGUGGCAUCAGCAUGUCUGUACUAUAAUUUUAGCCAAUUUACGAAAAACUAAGAAAGGUAAUAGCAGUGACUACAAACUUCCUAUCGGAGAUUGGUUUGAAUAUGUUUCCUCUCCACAUUGUAGUGCUGAGAUUUUAAUGUAUGUUGCAUUGACUAUUCUUCUUUGGAAAAGUAGUACUUGGGGGUAUGUGAUGUUAUGGGUUUUUAGUAAUCAGAUUGAAAGCAUCCUCUUGAGUCAUUGGUGGUAUCAAGAAACCUUCAAAAAUUUUCCCAAAAAUAGGAAGGCUUUAAUCCCUUACAUUUAUUAAAUGAAAAUUUGUUAUUGUUGAUUUCAUAUUUUAUAAUACAUAGAUAGGUACAUGUUAUACUUUUAUAAAAAUUUAGUACAUUAUUAUAAAAUUAAAUUGAUUUAUUUACUUUAAUCCAUA